AUGGUGAAUGAUUUCUCGUGUGACGACAUAUGGCUGAAAGGACCUGAAACAUUCUUGAGUAGGCGUCAUGAUCUUGCUCAAGAAACUCCACAGCUAGUUCAACCAGAAGAUGAUAAGGAAGUAAGGCCAGAUGCUCUGGUAAAGGCAGCUAAAACCUGUGUGAUUGACAAUUUAUCAAUUGGGUGUCACAGAUUUGAAAGGUUCUCUGAGUGGUAUCGCCUAGUAAAUACUGUUGCUUUAUUGCAGAGAUGUGCAUGUGCCAAAUCAUUUAAAGGUAGAGCUGAUAGAAGUGUAGAGUCUUUCAGAAAAGCUGAAAUAUUUGUGAUCAAAGCAGUUCAAAAGGAAACUUACAAAGAAGAAAUUAGACUUCUUGAAGCAAAAAUGCAUCUUCCAAAAUCUAGCUCGAUUAUGGCUCUCAACCCGUACUUAGAUGAAGAUGGUGUGUUAAGGGUUGGCGGAAGAUUGCAACAAUCAAGUCUUGGAAGUUACCAGAAACAUCCAAUCAUUUUGCCUGGUAAAAGUCAUAUUUCUACACUUAUAGUACGUCACUAUCACCAAAGUGUUCGACACCAAGGACGUCAUCUUACAGAAGGAGCUGUUAGAUCUGGUGGAUAUUGGAUUACAGGCGUGAAACGGUUGAUCUCAUCAAUCUUACACUCCUGUGUCCAGUGUAGAAAGUUACGAGGUAAAGAAGUCCAGUUGAUGAGUGAUCUACCAGCAGAUCGCUUAGAACAUACUCCACCCUUUACCAAUGUUGGAGUUGAUGCUUUUGGACCUUGGACUAUAACGACACGCAGAACUCGUGGUGGAUCAGCAAAUUCUAAACGGUGGGCUAUUUUGUUCACUUGUCUUACAACAAGAGCAAUACACAUUGAGUUGGUAGAAGAAAUGUCCUCUUCAGCUUUUAUUAAUGCACUUAAAAGAUUUGAAGCUCUCAGAGGUAAAGUUAAACUGUAUAGAUCUGACCGAGGAACCAACUUUGUUGGUGCAACUGAUAGCCUCAAGAUAGAUGCAGUAAAUGUGGAAGAAAAGAAGAUAGUAGACCAUCUGUACCAAACAGGCACUAAAUGGAUCUUCAACGCUCCCCAUUCAUCGCACAUGGGAGGUGUAUGGGAACGCCUCAUUCGAAUCUGCCGGAAGAUCUUAGAGUCAAUGCUAGCUGAAACUCCUUAUAAAACUUUGACGCAUGAAGUGUUAUCAACCUUCAUGGCAGAAGUAUGUGCCAUAGUGAACAAUCGACCAAUAGUAAACGUAUCAACUGAUCCAGAAAACCCUUUCAUCUUGUCACCUGCCACCAUUCUUACUCAGAAAGUUGGAAUAGACCAUGUAGAAGAUUCAGUAGGAGAAAUUGAUACAAAAGACCUUUUGAAAACAGAAUGGAAACGUGUUUCUGCCCUCUCAGAAAUAUUUUGGAAUCGUUGGAAAAAGAAUAUCUGCACACACUCCAAGAACGUAGAAAAUGGUGUUGUGCAAAACCUAAUCUCACUGAAGGUGAUGUUGUGUUAUUGA